AUGUGGAAACGUCUCAAUAACAAAGACCGCCAAGCCGAAAUCGCGAUUGAGAGCUCGACUCUCACCGAGACUACUGCGGAAGAGGAUACGUUACAAGGUACACCAAAUAUCAAUAACGGCUCCUUCAGCAUAAGCUCAAGGCCCGCUUUUGGAAGAAAGCGGACGGAGGAUGUGCUCAAAGCGCUGCCAGCGCUGCCAUUCAACAAAUUGCAAAUUUCCGGCGUCACAAACGGCAGACCAUUAUCUGAAGCUCCUACUGCAUCUUCAGUUUACUCACAACCUUCGCCGGAGCUGAACAGCGAUUCGACACGGAAGAACGGCCAUAAGAUCAGGUCUUCUUCCCUCUACCCCGACGACGUAUCGCCUCCGGGAUCUCCACACAUGAAUGACGGGUACAUCGGCCGAAGUGGAAGGAGUAGCCCUGACGUUUCACCGGUAUCUGAGUCUCCAAGUCCUUUAGCAAACCGAUCGCCUGUCUUCACAUCUGGCAGAUUCAAUAGUAACAUACCAGUCGCCAAGAAGACUCGGAAAUUCUGGAAUCGGCCAAGUACUAAUUCUCCAGAACAAGGCUCCAGUCUGACGCAUUGGGAUGUAUAUUCGGGAGAGCCAACAACGAGGGAAAAGGGAAAACCUCCACAGACGACCCCCAGCGCGGUGAAGUUGAAUGCGGAGCCAAGUCCUGGCAGGCUCAAUGGCAACCUUGAGAGUUUUGGGACCUCUACUCACAUAAGUAGUGGUAGUACUAUUGGGCGUAAGAGGGUCGCAAGCAGGGAUCUGAACAAUGCACCUAUCGUCCGACCUGAAUGGAGGGGCGCUGGUGGACGUCACAAGAUUGUGAAUCCACUUCUUGACAAACCUCUGCCGCCGGGAAAGUCUCCCACAUUUCCUGCGGGCAGUGAGAAACAUCAAAAAGAUCAGAGAGACCAAGACAGGACAAUAGAAUCUUCAACACCUAGCCACUCCCCUCAGGAAUUGACGACUCGACCUACCCGACCAUCCAUCACCCUUAAUGACAAGGCGCUCGGUCAGCGUGUCACCUCGCCAGAUGCCAAGACCGAGAGCUCUCCCGAUUCAGUGAUCCCGCCAACAUUUCGGCAAAAUACUCAAUCCCCAAAUUCAAGUCUUUCGACUGAUGACGCAAGGUCCCCCCUCGCCCGCAAUCCAAGUAAUGAAGAAAUCAAAGACCACCGGUUACAAAUGCUACCAGACGUGCCACAGACCAUUGCCAAGGACGUACACAGCCCGCACUUGCAGCAAAUGCAAGAGAUGCGCUCCCAAACCAUACCCGAAGCUGUGUUGAAUAACCGUGACACAGAACGCGAUCCGAGUCGAAUCGAGAGCAGAUUUCGUGCUGAUCUACAACACCUACACCUACAAGACCAACCACCCAGCCGUUUCAGUUCGACGACUUACGCGACGACCACCUACGACAGUCCUCCAACAACUCCAGAGCUGAGCUCAAAUUCACCAUCCAUGUCUGCAAUUUCCACAACACCAAACUCAAUACUGAAUAGGAAACGUCCUGUGCCACCCGCAGGGAUUUCCAAUUCAAAGGUCACUGCUCGUAAGCCCACGCCAUCCGAGCUGGGAACCCCGAAACAGGUACCAGAAGGCAAACGGAAGUCUCUGCCAAAAUCCCCUCCAGAAGUUGAAGCUACGUCUCGUAUCGCAAGCCUCCAAGCUAAGCUAGAUAAUCUCCAUCAACGGAGGAAAAAUCUGCAAACCGUCAUCCAUGAGCUAACAAACGUUGUGCAACCAAGCUCCAUUGCAUAUGAUAUGGCUUCGAGGCAGGAAAUCAAACGGACAGUUGACGCUUUGAGUAAGGAGCUUGCAGAGGUCGGAAAAGAUGAGCACGAGACGGGUCUCAUGCUGCAUCGAGCGCUGAAACGAGAUGAUGAAUUCGCAGCAUAUGAACCUACAAGUAUUUGGGUCAGAAGGGUGACCAGCUGA